AUGGCACCAGUAAAGAAAGAUAAGGCCGAAAUGAGCGCCUUCGAGCGGAAGCGGCUCGAGAACAUCGCCGCCAACCAGGCGAUGUUGAAAGACCUCAGCACCCACGCGGAGAAGAUGAUGCCAGCGCCGGCGGCCCGGCCGAAGAAAUCAACGGCCACAAAAAAGAGGGCAGCGCCAGUUCAAAGGGAGACAACGCGAGCGACGAGGACCAGCUCACGGCUCGCUGGCCUCGAGGCAGAUAGCGAGACGGCUAAACGGAAGGCGGAGGUGGAAUAUGAGUUCACGCAGGAGCAGGCUAAGGCCAAGAGGCUGCGUGUCUCGGGAGACCUGAAUUUCAGCGAUAUUGUGGUUGAAGGGAAGAAAUAUAAUAAGGAUGAUAACUUCCUGGUGGGGAUUAUGAGGGGUGCGAAGCCGAAUUUUAGGACGUUCACCGAGGACGAUAUUAAGGAGACCACCGACGAGGGAUUAAAGGGGUUGAGGGAGAGGAUGAGUGGGUUGGAGUUAUAUGAAGGCUUUGACCCAAGUCAAAUAAAAAUUACCCCCGAGAGGAUAUAUGCCCUAGGAUUUCAUCCGUCGCCUGACAAACCUUUGGUUUUUGCUGGGGAUAAACUAGGAAAUAUGGGAAUAUUCGACGCGUCCCAAACGCCGGCCGAGGUGAAGGCCGAGGAUAAUGAUGACGAUGAGGAAGAGGCUGACACUCCGGAGCCUGCCAUCACGGCAAUGAAACUACAUUCGAGGACGAUUACUUCAUUUGUCUUCCCGCCAGAUGGAAACCACCUAUACUCUGCUUCAUAUGAUUCCUCGGUUCGAAAGUUCGAUCUGCAGAAAGGGGUUGCAGUAGAGGUUUUUGCCCCCGAAUCUACAGAUGAGGAUAUGCCUAUUUCCAGCAUAGCUAUUUCCCCCACGGAUCCAAAUAUCUUGCUGCUUUCGACCCUAGAAGGAACAUUUGGCCGCCAUGAUAUGCGAACGCCAUCUGACACCGAGAUCUGGCAACUCACUGAUAAGAAGAUCGGAGGCUUUUCAGUCCACCCUUUAUACCCCUAUCUAGUUGCAACCGCAUCCCUGGAUCGCAUGUUGAAAAUCUGGGACUUGCGGAAUAUCAAAGGCAAGGGAGAUGAUGCAAUGCCCAGUUUACUAGGGGAACAUGUAUCGCGUCUCUCUGUAUCUCAUGCCUCCUGGUCAGCUGCUGGGCACGUUGCAACCUCAUCGUAUGAUGACACGAUUAAAAUAUACUCCUUCCCUGAUGCUGGGUCCUGGGACGCGGGCCAUGAGUUAGAUGACAAAGCUAUGGAGCCCAGUGCUACCAUUAGGCACAACAAUCAGACUGGGCGCUGGGUAACGAUAUUGAAGCCGCAGUGGCAGGAGAGGCCGGACGAUGGCAUCCAGAAAUUUGCGAUUGGAAAUAUGAAUCGGUUUGUCGAUGUGUUUAGCGCUGAUGGGGAACAAUUGGCGCAACUUGGUGGCGAAGGCAUCACGGCGGUUCCUGCAGUUGCACAAUUCCACCCCACGAAGGAUUGGGUUGCGGGUGGUACUGCUAGUGGGAAGCUCUGUCUUUGGAUGUGA